AGGCGCCCAGGAGUGGGUGACAGAGACGCCCAGGGAGGCAGACCAAGGCAGGGAGUGGCCGAGGGAGGGCACGCAGCAUCCCGAGGGGCGCCCCGCAAGCCAGGCACAGGGGCGGGGAGCUGAGGGGGGCGGGACAGCCAUGUCCCACGGGACCUACUACGAGUGUGAGCCCCGGCCGGGCCAGCAGCCACUGGAGUUCGUGGGGGGCCGUGUGGGGCCUGGGGAGCUGGGGGACAUGUGUGAGCAUGAGGCCUCCAUAGACCUGUCGGCCUACAUCGAGUCCGGGGAGGAGCAGCUGCUCUCAGACCUCUUCGCUGUGAAGCCAACGGCAGAAACACGCGGCCUUAAGGGCCCCGGGACACCCGCCUUCCCCCACUACCUGCCUCCAGAUCCUCGGCCCUUCACCUACCCGCCUCACACCUUCGGCCCUGACAGGAAGGCACUGGGGCCUGGCAUCUACAGCAGCCCGGGCAGCUACGACCCCAGGGCGGUGGCUGUGAAGGAGGAGCCCCGGGGGCCUGAGGGGGGCCGGGGGCCUGCCCGUGGCGCCUACAAUCCUUUGCAGUACCAGGUGGCACACUGCGGGCAGACAGCCAUGCACCUGCCACCCACCCUAGGCACACCUAGCCAGCCCCUGCGCGUCCUCAAGGCCCCGCUGGCGGCCGCGGCGCCCCCCUGCAGCCCCCUCCUCAAGGCGCCGUCGCCGGCGGGCGGCUCGCACAAGGGCAAGAAGGCGGUGAACAAGGACAGCCUGGAGUACCGGCUGCGGCGGGAACGCAACAACAUCGCGGUACGCAAGAGCCGGGACAAGGCCAAGCGCCGCAUCCUGGAGACGCAGCAGAAGGUGCUGGAGUACAUGGCGGAGAACGAGCGGCUGCGCAGCCGCGUGGAGCAGCUCACCCAAGAGCUCGACACCCUCCGCAACCUCUUCCGCCAGAUCCCCGAGGCCGCCAGCCUCAUCAAGGGCGUGGGUGGCUGCAGCUGAGCCCCAGGGCGCAUGGGAGCGCGGGGCGGGCGUGGGGGGCUCACCCGCCAGGGCCUCGGGACACACGGACUGCGGACAGAGGACAGCGGGUGGAUGCUUCUGUGGCUGAAUAAAAUUGCACGGUGCCUCA